AUGAAUAGAAGCGGUGAAGAAUUAGUCGAGAUAUCAGAUUCUGAGUCGGAAAACGAACCGGAACUUGAUCAGGAUCAAAUUCAGAUUAUUGGUGUGGAGGGGGCCAAGGUAGCAGAAGAAAUGCUGGAGCAAAUGAUAAACGAAACUUGGAAGAAAUACAAGAUGGACGAUCGACUUGCAGAGACCCAGGAUACUGUGCUGAAGGAGAUGGAGAGAUUGAAAAAGGAAAGUGCAGAAAUAAACGAAAUGCUCAACGAGUGUCAAGUGGCGACUGAUCAACUCAGAAACGAAUUGUAUUCAACUUUCGAACCGGAUAUCCGGGUACUGCCGCCAUUCGUAAUAUACGACAUGCCUAAUUGCGCGUACUCCUGUGUGGAACCGUCUGCGGAAACAGAGCAAUUACCAGCCAAACGAACCCUGUCACCCUCCACGGAAGUUCCCCCCAAGCGUCCCGCGAUACCGCUGGGGUACGCGCCGCUAGAUGACAAAACUAAUCAAGAUAAGAAUAUAAAAACCACGACUGAAAAAGCGGAAGACGACAAUACCGACGUGGCAGUGGUGAAAUUAUCAGCGGAGUCAGCGCCUAAGGACCUCCCGCCACCCGGAGAAAUAACCAUGACGCCCAUAAAAGUUGGCAUGACGGUUUAUGCUAUGAAAAACGCUUUCGGCUCCUGGAUGAAGGCGAAGAUUGUUGAAAUAAUGCCGAAACCGGCCAAUACUACGUUCACGUCAUGCCGUGUCAAGUUCGAACACGUUUCGACAAAGAACCCUUACAAGAUACUACCGGGGAGGUGCCUUGCGUACUUCGACCCCCCUGAUGUUAGGAUGACUAUAGGUCGGCGUGUGAUAGCCCUGUUCAAGAACUCGGGCAAGCGUGAAGCGUACUAUUCCGGGAUUAUUGCUGAAAUACCAAAUCCUGUUAAUUCUUAUCGUUACCUGAUCUUCUUCGACGACGGUUACGCGCAGUACGCCCACCACGCUCAAACUCGACUGGUGUGCGAGUGCUCCGUCCUCGUCUGGGAAGAAGUACACCCGUACUCGCGCGAGUUCGUGCGCCAGUAUCUCUUCGCGUAUCCCGAGAGGCCCAUGGUCCGUUUGCAUGCCGGACAGAACUUGAAGACCGAGUGGAGAGGCAAGUGGUGGUCGUCGCGUGUGGUGCGCGUGGACGCGUCGCUGGUGGAGGUGCAGUUCCUGCGGCGCGACCGGCGCGAGUGGAUCUACCGCGGGUCCACGCGCCUGGCGCCGCUCUACCUCGAGCUGCAGGCGGCGGAGCGCGCGCGGCCCCGCGCCGUGCCGCGCGCGCAGCCGCAGGCGCGGACGAACAUGCCGUACGUGGAGUACACCAGAUCAGACGAACAAACGGACAAACCAAUUGAAAUUGAACAGCCACAACAGCAGCAGCAGCAACAGCUACCACAGCAGCAACAACAACAGCAACAACAGCAACAACAAAAUGAGGAGAUUCGUCGCCAGCGUGCAGUGGCCAGGAAGUCUACUACCGCGCCACCGCCCCCCGCGCCCAGCGCUGACAACCUGGACAACGUCACCAGCAGGGUUGUGUACUACACACCAAAGAACGCAGUGAAACCCUACAAAAUGGUGCCUCACAAUUGCACCCCGAAAUGCAAAAGGUCUGACGUUCUAGCACUUAAAGAUCUUCGAACCUACAACCCGCUAGCCAAACCGCUACUGAGCGGUUGGGAAAGACAAAUAGUGCGCUGGAAGGGCCAAAAGGCGGUUCUCUACGUGGCGCCCUGUGGGAGACGUUUGCGCGACGUUCGGGAGUUGCAUACGUACUUGCGAGCGAUAAAGUCAGACAUGCCAGUCGACUUGUUUGAUUUCUCGCCAGCGACACACUGUCUGGCUGAGUUUGUGCUCAACAAGUGCUUCGUUGGAAAAAAGGAUUUGUCUCACGGUAAAGAAAACGUGCCAGUUCCAUGUGUGAACUACUAUGACGAGUCCCUGCCAGAGUUUUGUACCUACAAUACUGAAAGAACGCCCACUACUGGGGUCCCACUCAAUUUGGACCCAGACUUUCUAUGCGGCUGUGAUUGUGAAGACGAUUGUGAGGAUAAAACUAAGUGUGCCUGUUGGAAGAUGACUCUAGAAGGAGCUAGAACGAUUGGCUUAGAAGGUGAUAAUAUUGGCUACGUGUACAAAAGACUCCCGGAACCAUUGCCUUCAGGGAUUUAUGAGUGUAACUCUAGAUGUAAAUGCAAACAUACUUGUCUGAACCGCGUCGCGCAACAUCCCUUACAACUCAAGUUACAGGUGUUCAAGACAUUAAAUCGAGGGUGGGGUAUACGGGCCCUCAACGAUGUCCCUAAAGGGGCCUUCCUGUGUGUUUAUGCUGGUAAUCUUCUCACAGACGCCACGGCCAACUUGGACGGUCUAAAUGAGGGCGACGAAUAUUUAGCGGAGUUAGACUACAUAGAAGUCGUCGAGCAGAUGAAAGAAGGUUACGAAGAAGAUAUACCGGAGGAUAUCAAGAAAUUGGACAAGAAAGAGCUGGAAGCGUCAGAAGGUACAGAAGAUGAAGAAGAAGAAGAACAGUCUUCAGAAGAAGAGACCGGCAACAACAAGACUGAUCCAGAAGAUGAUGACUUCCAGCCUGGGUUCAUCGGACUGGGAGUUGCGGAAUUCAGUAAACGUCUCAGAAAAAGAGAAUCGAGGAAACAGAAAGAAGAAGCAAUUAAGAAAGAGAAAGAAGAAAAGAGAGAAGGGGACAAGGAAGGAAACAAAGACGAAGACUGUAUCACUAUCAGUGACGACGAAGAAGUCAGAGAGCCGUCUUGCUUCACGGCGGCCGCUGGUAUGGGAGCGAAUGAAUUUAUAUCGAAAUAUAGGUCGGUCCGUUCGUUGUUUGGUGAGGACGAAGCCUGCUACAUCAUGGACGCGAAGGUCCAAGGCAACAUUGGACGGUACCUUAAUCACUCCUGCUCUCCAAACGUUUUCGUCCAGAACGUUUUCGUCGACACCCACGAUCCCCGAUUUCCAUGGGUGGCGUUCUUCGCUCUGAGCCACAUCCGAGCUGGUACAGAACUAACGUGGAAUUACAACUACGACGUGGGUUCAGUGCCGGGCAAGGUGCUUUACUGCCACUGCGGGGCGAGUAACUGUAGGGGGAGAUUGUUGUAA